AUGUUGGACUCCGAUGACUGCAGCUUGUCCCUGGACAAUCUGUUUUUUGAGAAACCCAUAGUCCAUAAAGUAAAGCCACUGCACCAGGAGGCCAGUCCAUGGCAGCUGGAAGUGCCUCCAUCUCUUUCUCAGAUUCCAGCCACUCAGGAUAUGCAGAAGGAGGCAGAGUCUCUCUCUACCCUAUACAGAUCAGCUGGCCUUAAGGUGUUGGCGUCAAAGAGCUCUUACAGUUUUAACAAUGAUAUGAAAGAGAAUGAGGAGACUGCUGAUGGGAGCCACAGCACCAACAGACAUGAUGGCCUUUGGGGAGGUGAAGGGUUCAGGGACUACUCUCAGGGUGCCUGUCAGAGUAGCAGAGAUGAAGAUGAAAUCCUACAGGACUCUGAUCAUGCAACCAUCAGCAGGCGAUGUUUGUCUUUGGAUUGCAGCAAAACCCCACCACUACGGAGAAGCUUGUUCAAGGUUCAGGUGUUGAACAGUGGAGGUGACUUGUCAAACAUAGAUGACCUCAGUGGCAGCGGCAGCAACAGCCAGACAGCAUCCAGACCUCAAACUUUUCCCAGUCAGGUUACCAUGGUGACAAUGCCUUCUCGUCUACAUCCGCCACGGGCGACAGUUAGCCAGGCGGCUCCUCCUUUCCCCCCCAAGCUCCCCUUCCCCCCCCCUCCUGUGUGCUCAUCUGCAGCGAGUGGCCGACCCCCGCAGCAGGCAGCACAUGCAGAGAUGCAGGACAAGGGCACAAAGAGAGCCUUCGUUCCGCCCAUGACGCCGCAGCCACUCCACAUACAAGGAUCUUCAGGGUCUGGAGUUUUACGACCUGUUUCUGAAAUCCCAGCUAAGUUCAGAUCCGUCUUCAGCGAGUUCCCCUUUUUCAACUACGUUCAGUCCAAAGCUCUUGAUGAUGUUCUCUACACAGGUAAGAACUUUGUGGCAUGUGCUCCUACUGGAUCUGGUAAAACAGUGCUGUUUGAACUGGCCAUCAUUCGCCUGCUGAUGGAGACCUCAGAGCCCUGGAGGGAUGUCAAAGCUGUAUACAUGGCCCCUAUCAAAGCACUCUGCAGUCAGUGCUUUGAAAGCUGGAGGAAGAAGUUUGGUCCUUUGGGGCUGAACUGCAAGGAGCUGACGGGCGACACAGAGAUAGAUGACUUCUUUGAGAUACAGGACUCCCACAUCAUACUGACCACGCCUGAAAAAUGGGACAGCAUGACAAGAAAAUGGAAGGAUAACUGUCUGCUACAGCUCGUCAGGCUCUUCCUUAUAGAUGAGGUACAUGUGGUGAAGGACACAACCCGUGGUGCCACUCUGGAGGUGGUGGUUAGCAGGAUGAAGGCUGUACAUGCCUACAGGACAGCACAGAACCCAGAGUCAGACCUCUCUAUGAGGUUUGUGGCUGUAUCAGCCACCAUACCCAACAUAUCUGAUAUAGCAGACUGGCUGUGUAAUGAGAGUGGUCCAGCUACAUAUUUGGAAAUGGACGAUAGCCACCGUCCAGUGAAGCUGAGAAAGGUUGUGUUGGGAUUCCCCUGCAACCCCAACCAAACAGAGUUCAAGUUUGAUUUGUCACUCAACUACAAGAUGGCCAACAUCAUACAGACUUACUCUGACCAGAAGCCUGCACUUGUGUUUUGCUCUACGAGGAAAGGAGUCCAGCAGUCUGCUUCAGUUCUGGCCAAAGAUGCUCGGUUCAUCAUGAGUAUUGAACACAAGCAAAGGUUGAUGAAAUAUGCAAACUCUAUUCUGGAUUCAAAACUCAGAGAUCUGGUGAUGCUAGGGGUUGGUUUCCACCAUGCAGGCGUCGACUUGUCAGAUCGCAAGUUGAUAGAGGAGGCCUUCACUCUGGGAGACCUGCCAGUCCUCUUUACCACUAGGACUCUGGCCAUGGGGGUGAACCUGCCAGCUCAUCUGGUGGUCAUCAAGUCUACCAUGCAGUAUGUCGCAGGCUCCUGUGAAGAGUACGGUGAUGCUGAUCUGCUGCAGAUGAUUGGCCGGGCUGGAAGACCACAGUUUGACACAUCUGCCACUGCAGUGAUCAUGACCAAAAUGCAAACCAAAGACAAGUAUAUGAAACUUAUGAAUGGAAUGGAAAUCAUUGAGAGCAGUUUGCACAGUCACCUGGUAGAGCAUCUGAAUGCUGAGAUUGUUCUCCAAACUAUCAGUGAUGUCAACAUGGCUCUGGACUGGAUACGCUCCACCUUCCUCUACAUCAGAGCCCUAAAGAACCCCACACACUAUGGUUUCUCUGCUGAGUUAGACAGAUAUGGGAUAGAAGCAAAACUGCAAGAACUGUGUCUGAAGAACCUCAACUCUCUGUCCUCGAUCGGUCUGAUCGACAUGGAUGAGGAUAUCAAUAUCAAACCUACAGAGGCUGGCAGGUUGAUGGGGAUGUUCUGUGUUGCUUUUGACACCAUGAAACAGUUCAGCAAAGUGGUGGGCACAGAGAACCUGUCUGACAUGAUUGAGCUGGUGUCGAGGAGCAGAGAGUUCAGUGACAUUCAGUUGAGAAUGAAUGAGAAGAGACUUUUGAACACCUUGAACAGGGACAAAAACAGGAUCACCAUCAGGUUUCCUAUGGAGGGAAAAAUCAAAACCAGUGAGAUGAAAGUGAGCUGCUUGAUUCAGGCUCAGUUGGGGUCCAUCUCAAUUCAAGAGUUUGGACUCACACAGGACACAGCAAGAAUCUUCAGGAAUGGAAUGCGUAUCAGCAAAUGCCUGUCAGAGUAUCUGAGUCAGCGAUCCAAGACGGGCUUUGUUGCUCUCCUCAACUCUCUGCUCCUGGCUAAAUGCUUCAGAGCCAAGCUUUGGGAGAACUCGCCAUAUAUUUCUAAACAGCUGGAGAAGAUAGGUCAGACCCUGUCAACUGCCAUGGUAAAUGCCGGACUCACCACUUUCAACAAAAUAGAGCAAACCAACCCCAGGGAGCUUGAGCUGAUUCUCAACAGACAUCCACCAUUUGGAAACCAAAUCAGAGAAUCAGUCAUACACCUCCCAAAGUAUGAAGUUACUUUGGAGCAGCUACCAAGGUAUAGCUGUUCUAUGGCAGAGAUUGUGGUCAGGGUGAACCUAAAAAACCAAGCAGAGUUGCUUCCCAAGAGAACAUCUCCAGACCGCCACUAUGUCUCUCUGAUAAUCGGAGACUCUGAAAACAAUGUGGUCUUCCUGCAGAAACUCACGGACUUGGUUCUGGUCAAGUGUGGUAGCUGGUCUAAGAAGAUUGAGGUGGCGAGGGCCUCGAAGGGAGAGGAGAUCAGUGUCAAUCUCAUCAGCUCAGAUUAUGUGGGUCUGGACAUCCAGCAGAAAUUCAACAUGUACUUCUCUGGAGCCAGGAAGUUCGGGACUGAUAAUCCACACAACAGACCAUAUAAUCCUACUGGACAGAGACUGCAGCGCCCUGAAGUGAAACCACAGUCUAUUUACCAGUCUGCACCGGAAAACAGAACCACCACAUCUACAGACCAAGGUAAUAAAAGACAGUGCCACCACCUCUGCAAGAAUAAAGACCAGUGUGGUCACGACUGUUGUAAAGUGGGUGUAGCUGUGGCACGCAAGAGGUCAGCAAAUCAAGAAUCCAGUUUCUCUUCCUACUUGGAAGACCUGAGGAACAGGUGUGACACACUCUCAGAGACCCCUGUCAAAAGACUCAAGAUGAAAAUGAUCGAAGAGUCUCUGUCUGUCAACAUGCAGGAAUUUUCUUACAAACCCAAAGAAAGGCUUCCUGCUUUUUCCAGGUAUGGAGGAAAUCAAUAUGAAGCUUCGGUUAGACCUCACACUGAGACUGUGGAUCUGACAAGAGAAGACUGUUCACAGCCGCUAGAUAUAAUUCAUAUGGAUGAUUUUGGCAGUGAUUCCUCAGUGUGGAGGAACCCUGGAUUUAGCGUUGGUGUGAGUCAGAACCCUAAACUUCAUGUGAACCCGAUCAAUACAGUCAAUGUGUUAUCAAAUCAGGGCGUUCACCACAACAAAGCGUCAUCCUCACAAAUACCAACUGUCAGCUUUGACCUUGGAGAUGAAUGGGACGACUGGGGAGACUUUGAUGACCAGAAUUUGGUGCAUGCUAGCGAGACAUCGCUGGCCUCAUGUGCACCGAAUGCUAAACCUCAAGUCCAGCAGCCAGGCUAUGCUGUUACAUCAGCACCAGUGCUCCUCAGUCACCCACAAGUAAAAUCCUGUGUAAUCACUGCCAGAACACCACUGAGGUCAAUUUCACCAUCUGUAAGUGGUCCCUCACGCAUCCCAGUAAGACCACAGAACAGAAUCACACUUGACUGGAAUAAAAAGAGACCAAGCAUUUUCAGUGAGGACAUCACAGUAAAGACACCAGAAAGUCUCCCAAAACAACCUCAGACCCUCGUGGCCCAAAUGCCUCGAAGAUUUGACUUUUUCAACGCCAGCUCGUCUGGAAACACAAGGUAG